AUGGGGAUCAGCGGUGCGCUUGCUCACUGUGUGAAGUUUAGUUUUUGUUGUGCAGCUGAUCAUAUUCGAAAGUGCCUUUUUUCAGGGUUUAAAAAAACUGUUCUCGAGUACUUGGCUCACCAUUCCCUGAUUCUGAACGAACUGUUGCGAACUAGUCGUCGAGUGCACCAGGACGUCCUAGUUGCGCCCGAGGACGUCCCCAAAUUCCCGAUUCAGACGUUGGAAGAAUUUCAACAUUUCAAUAAUCGACUGGAGCUAAAUCCAGUCUUGAAUGACUACAUGAUCUCGCGGUUGGCGGCUGUUGGAGGCUCAGGCGUGGAGUCCUUAACUCGCAGGAUAAUGAAAUUUUUGCUUAGUAACGAAGUUGCCACUUUGUACAAUUGGAAAGGACGGGACAAAUUGUCUUUUGAGCAAACACCAGUGAUGAGUGUCAUCUAUGAGGCAGCAAAAGUCAAUUUCCCAAGGGGCGAGAAAAACGACUUGGUUGUCGCCAAUUCGGUUAAGCUUUGGCUGAAAUUUGCCAAGACCCGAAUUACGAAUUCGCACAAAAAACUUAUCAAAAUGGUCUCCACUUGAAUCUUCCUUGUUUAUGUUUUUUACAUAAUUUUGUGGUUUCUGACGAAGCAAAUAAAUCGUUGUGACUAACAAUUUUCUACAAUUAUUGCCGUUUUGUACUACAACUAAAAAUUACUCAUUGCUUGUUAUUUCUAGAUUUGGUGAAAAGGUUUACGUGCGACGUCUGUUUUCGGUCGUACAAACAUUUAUCGUCUCUGUGUAAUCACAAAAGAAAUGAAUGCGAAAAGAAGCCGAAGUUUCGUUGCCAACACCCAGGCUGUUUCUUUAUUACUAAAGUCAAGGGAAAUUUAACUGUGCAUCUUAAACGUCAUGAAGUAAAAAAAAUACAGAAAUAAAGUGUGCGGUUAAAACGUGUUUUUUUAUUUUCUACCUGCUGUGUUUGCAUCACGUUUCAGAUGUAACACUGUCUAUACUUUUUACGAAAUGUAUUUUUUGGUUUUUGAAUAAGCAAGUAAAUUGUUGUGUCUACAGUUUUCUAUAGAAUUUCGAUUAGAAGGCUUAGUCUACUGCAAUUUUUGUCAGUACGAAGCUAAGCUAAUUGAUUUAGAUAGUGAUGCUCGUACAAUUAAUUAUUAAAAAGGAACACUUUAAAUAAUUUUUCGUUGAUAACAUUUUUUUAAUAUCUGAAUCUUAGUACUAUAAACACUAUUUUAAAACAUUUCCGAUAGCAACGUGGUUUCACAAUUUUAAAACACGUGUUUUAAAUUAAUAUUUUCACUAUUUUAAAACACAUUCCCAUAGCAAUUUUCCAACAAAAAAAUUGAAUUACACUUAUGCGAAAACACAAAGUUCUCGGGUGUCUAGGUAUGCAACGAGCGUAUGCUUUUGUUUUCGCACUCGUAUUAAUAAUAACUGUUGAACAAUAUGUGAAAAAAAAUUAUUUCAAUGUUUUGUGCGCCACUUUUUAAUUUUUUUUAUAUUUUAGGAGGAAAAAGAUCAUUGUAUAUUUGCCGUUUCUGUUUGAGGACGUACAAGCACUAUGCCAGUUUAUGGCGCCACAUAAAGCAUGAAUGCGGCAAAGAUCCCCAGUUUUUGUGCAAACUGUGCGGAAAAAGAUUCACACAGAAAUCAUCGCUUAGGUCACAUAUUGGAGUCAAACAUAGUUUUCCUUGAUAUUAUUUUGUCUUAACCUGGAUAACAAUAAAGUGUUAAUCAAAAUCUGACGUCUUUAAAUUAGCUAGGACCUUUGUCAAACUUAGUUUUCAAUUUUUUCUAAACCGUAAUUUCAAUGCAUGGAGUGUGGUCGAAGUUAUAAAAAGAAGGGCACUCUAAUGCGCCACAUUAGGUACGAAUGUGGUCCCGAGCAGAAGUUUAAGUGCAUUUAUUGCUUCAAGGGUACGAAGCAAAAGUAUGAUUUAAAAAAGCACGUUCGAAGGUGUCACCCAGAGCGGCUGUUUGAGUUCGACUCAAUCUAUAAAGAUCUCUACAAAAACUAGUUUUACAAUGUGUAUUUGCUACUUAAUUCGUCCAAUAAAAGUAGUGAUUUCUGAA